GCUCGGGCACUCUCAGUCCAGACUCAGAGCUGCGACCGUCCACCUCGACAUCUACAGACUCGAGACCUCGCCGACCACCAUGGCAGCUUAUGGAUGCGCAAUGGGACUUCUGCUGCUUCUCGUUACUUGUGGAGGCAACCCGCUGUACGACUACCAACCAUUCGUGGGAUACCAUUACCCUGAUCUGACGACGGGAGCGGCCGGAGGCGGCUACUACUACAACCCCCCGGUGGCGGCUCCAUCGGCCGUUGCCACCGGUUUCUUCCCGCAGCACGUGCCCGCCUUCACGCUCACACAGGUUAGCAGGUCGGCCAUCUGCACGCUCGUCAACACGUCCAUGUCGGAAGUGUCGGGCGAGGUGCGGCUGUUCCAGGGCAGCCCGCACGAGCCGGUGGUGGUGUCCGGGGUGGUGAGCGGCCUGGAGCCGGGGCUGCACGGCUUCCACGUGCACCGCGAGGGCAAGCUGGGCAACGACUGCGCCGACGCCGGGCCGCACUUCAACCCCGACAACUCUACUCACGGCGGCCCUCACGAUGAGAAGCGUCACGCGGGAGACCUGGGCAACAUCGAGGCCGGCCCCACUGGCGUGGCGGACUUCGCGGUGCUGAGCGACCGGCUGUCGCUGGUGCCCGAGAGCAAGUACUACGCCGUGGGCCGCGCCGUCGUCGUCCACCAGAAGGAGGACGACCUGGGCAAGGGCGGCAACGACGAGUCGCUGCGCACCGGCAACGCGGGCGCGCGCCUCGCCUGCUGCGUCAUCCGGCCCCUGCACUUCUGAGGCGAUCGACCCGUCCCACUGUACUCAGGAGGCACCGGACACCGAGGCGUAUGUGGAACAGGAACAUGUGGUCGCUGACGGCAGCUGUCGGAAACAGUAGGCCAGCGAAUUUGGCAACACUGGUGAACUCUCCCCAACAGAUGGGUUUACAUGACUCGAAGCCAUCUGAUCAGAACUAUUGCAUGAUGUGGCUACGGACAUUACAAAAAAUAAAAAAUCUUCAAAUGUGUGUGAAAUCUUAUGCGACUUAACUGCUAAGGUCAUCAGUCCCUAAGCUAAGCCU